AUGACCCCAAUUUACAGACUCACCGCCGCUCUAUGUAAACCCAGCCGGCAUCCCUCUGCCGCCGUAACAGCCGCUUUAUUUUCCACCAAACGAACAACCAAUAACAACAAAGCCGGUGACGACGAGUGGAACGACGCAUGGGAAACGGCGUGGCUUCCUGACGAUCAUUUCGGCAAAUCCUCACCUGUAGCCCCCUGGGAAUCCGACGUCACCUUUUCCCUCCCCACUGCCACCGCUGGAAAUACUCACCAGGGAGAAGAAAUUGACUCCGAGACCAAGGCCUUUGUGGAGGACAUGAACGAGAAUUGGGACCAGAGGAAGGGCAAAACAAUGAAGGAAGAUAAAAACAAUGUGGACUCCUCUGCAUUGUCUUCAUCUUCAUCGACGCUUUAUAGCUUGGAGAAUAUUAAGCGAGAUUACAGAUUGAAGAAGCAAAAGAUACAUGCGGGGCUAUGGAUGAAGGAGAUUGAGAAAAUGGAGGAGGCAAAAUUGGGGGACUCCAUUUCCGUUGAUGGAGAUAAUAUAGAGAAAUUGCUGGAUAGCUGCUCUGAGAUAUUUGAUUCUGCCAACAACGAUUUGAACAAUUCAAAAUCUAGUACUGAUUUCAAGAACAAACCUGAUGGUUGGGAAACAACAUCAAAAACUCCAGAUGGUAAUAUCUGGGAGAUGUCACAGAGAGAAGAAGAUAUCCUGCUCCAAGAAUUUGAGCGCCGAAUUGCAUUCAACAAGUUCCAGAUAGCUAGUUUUAUAAAGACACACAUAUUUAGCCGACGGAGGCCUAUUGACGGGUGGAAGUACAUGAUAGAGGAAAUUGGACCAAAUGCAAAGAGAAGCAAGGGCAACAUCCUUCCAGAAACUAGAAACAGCAAGCUUGAAUACCUCAGCCAUUGGCAUACAUCCAGAUUGAGCAGCAGGUACAUCAAAACCAGCCCCAGCUGUGCUACGACUUUCACUCAAAGGACUUCAAGAACGGAAACAAAUCGGACGAAAGAUUAUAUUAGGUACAUCUCAGCAGGUAGAAAAAAGAAGUUUUUCCAAUGUGCUCGGGAAGACUUGCAUAUGUUCAACAAAGUAAUAAUCAAAUUGAUAACUGAUAAGCGAUGGCAGAUGAAAGUUUUUGCAACUUACUUUAUCAACAUAGGCUCAUAUGCAGUGAUCAGAACAUCUGUCCCAACUCCCUUGAGGCGCAAAUUAGCCAAAUAG